AUGAUCUUUCCACACGUUGUGUUUUCUUUCUCCCUUAUCGUUGCCGGUACUUUGACUCGCUAUUUUUUUUUUCUCCGCCACUCUAGUUUCACACAGAUAUGGAAUUAUUAACCUACUUUUUAUUGAUUAUAUUCACUAUUCUAUUGGUAAAUGCUGGUAAAGUUGUUCGAUUCGUCCAGGUUUGUAUAUUUGAGUAGGAGGAAAUUUUGUUAAAAAUAUUUUUCAAGUAAGUCCGGUUUAGCAAGGAAAAUAGGCUUUUUGAUAUUAUUUCGAGAAAAUUAAAUUCAAAAAAAGGACGAUUAGCCGUUCCUUGGACUGAAAAGAAAAAUCCUAUCAUUUUUCCAACCAGUUUCAAAGCUUUUUUUCAAAAAAAUAAAAAAAGAAUUUUUUUCAUUCGUCUUUGCAUCCUCUUUUUCCACUGAUUUUUUUAUUUCAAUCAUUCUCUGCGAUUUUUUUAAGGUGAUUAACCAGAUUCAAAUAGAAAUUUCAUCAAAAAAAUUGUAUUGAAACUCAAAAAUCUUGCAGGAAAAGAACAAAAGCUAUUGAUUGCCAUCAGUAAAAUUCCUGGACCUUUUGCGAUUCCGAUCAUUGGUGCCACUUGGCAGUUCAAAUGGAACGUUCGAGGUGAUUUUAAAUUGAAAAAAAGUUCAAUUUUUCUUUCAAAUUCCCCAACAUACUGAAAGCCUAUAAGUCUUCAUUUUCUUGAAUCACUUUUUAGGCUAGAAAUCUGUUUUUGAUCCCGCUGAACUUCUUUUUGGAGUUUUCUCCCGCGGAAUUGAUUCGAUCAACGGGAUUUUUCUUAGUUUCGAUUCGCAGAAAAAUGUUUACGGCGUUCAAAAAUUGCAUUAGCAACCAGCGCGUUGGUUGGAAAGAACCAGUUUUUCAUUUGAAGUUUUCCAAAGGACUGGAGACCGUGUUGAAUCAUGUUCUGAAAAAUACACUCUUCAAAAAAAUCUUUGAAAAAUUUGAUUUUAAUGGGUUCAGAUCAACCCGAAGAAAAAGUUUCAUUCAAGAUUUUUUUGAACAGGAUACCUUUCGAUUUGAUAAAAAUGGACGUUUUGAAAAAUAAUUCAAGUUUUGUAAUGACAAGUAUAGCUCAAAAGAUGGGGAAAAAUCCAUUUUUGGAAAAAAAAUUUUUUUUAGAUUUUUGCAAAGAGUUUUUUUAGGAUUUGCCCAACAACUUCACGAUUGGGGCAUGAAAUACGGGAAACAGGGCCAUGGAGCCUAUGUUCUUUGGCUUGGACCAAGGCCUGUCGUCGUCGUUAUCCGUCCUGAAACGGCCAAGGUUCUGUGGAGAAAAACUCGGAAAAAUAGCCAAAAAAGGGAAAAAAAAUGUUGGGGAAUGAGGGAAAAGCUGUAGCGAAAAAAAUCCUUGGCUAAAAUAUCAAAAAAAUAGUCCCGGGGAAAAAAAAAAUUAGCCCGAAAUUGCUUUGAAAAAAAUAUUUAAUAAGUCGAUUUUUAAUGAAUUAUGAAAAUGAGUUCAAAAAAAUGUUUAUGAGAACUUCUCUUUCACAAAACGGAAACGAAAAAAAUUUCGGCGAAAAUUGCCGCCACGUAUUUCAUCACUUUAUAUUCGUUCAAAGUAAUGGCCGCUAAAAGGAAAAGGCUGAAAGGCAGCAAAAAGAGUCCCUUUAUCGAACCCUUCCAUUUUUUCUAGAGCUUUAAAGGCUGGUAAAAGAGAGAGGCAUGAAAAAUGGUGCAUAAUAGUCGAUGAAAUGGUGCAAAAAGGCAGCAAAAAGGAACCUUUCUCACUCUAAAAGUAACAUUUCUUAUGAAGCCUUUUCCCACCCUUCCUACUUCGCCUAUCUAUGUAUAAUGAAACGAAUUGAAGGCCGUCCUGGAAAGCAAUGAUAUCAUCACGAAAGGUCCCGAGUACGAUAUUCUGGUUCCUUGGCUCGGAACCGGCCUUCUUAUAGCUACAGGUUCCUUUAAAAAUGAAUUUUUCACCGGAAAAAUUUCAUGUUCAGGUGAAAAAUGGAGACAUCGGCGAAAAAUGCUGACCCCCUCGUUUCAUUUCAACGUCCUCAACGGCUUUCAAUCGGUUUUCGAUGAUCAAUCGAAGGUUUCCGAGAAAAAUCUCGAAGUUUUAAGAAUUUUCCAGGUUCUAAUCGAAAAACUCGUUCCGUUAUCCGAGUCUGGAGCUGAAGUCGACCUGGCCCCGUACAUUAAAAGAUGUGCUCUCGAUAUUAUUUGUGGUGAAUUUUUUGGGAUGGAAAUUGGAUUUUCGAGGUUUUUCCAUUAGAAUUUAGAUAAGAAUCUUCAAAGGAAAUGAAAGAAAUUGUAAAAAGAAAUUUGGAAUUUUUUUCGGCUUUUUUUCACUUUUUUUCUUUAAAAUUUAACUUUUUUUAAAAAGGAUUUUUUUGAGUUUUUUUCAGCUGCUUGAGGCUUUCACAUAGAAAUUUUCUUGCAACAAAUUUUUACCAGCUUAUUUUUCUUCCCUUCUAUCAGAACAUUUUCCAUUGAUGCGGAAACAGAAAAAAUUAAAUGUUACUUUUCAGAAUUUAUAAUCUCACUGAUAGAAUUUUGUUAGAUUUUUUUAUAGUUCAUUCCGCCCGAUAUAAACACAGCUGAAAAAAAGCGACAGUAAAUACGGCUUUUUUGUGCGUUUUCGCUUCAAAAUGCUUCAAAAAACUCGAAAAAAAAAGUAGGGUCUCGCAGCGAAUUUUGAACUGACCACGCGGAAUCGUCACGAUUUUUUCUUCCUUCUGACCUUUUUUCGAUGCGCCUUUAACUUGACCCAAAAAUUUUCGUUAUUUUAAAGGCGCAUGCACGGCGACAGGCCGCGGGUCUCGAAGAAAGUUCUGUAGUUUGACGAAAAAUGGAUAGUUGUAUCUGGGCUAGAAAUGCUUCACUCGUUGAACUUCUUGUCUAGAAACGGCGAUGGGAACCACGGUCGACGCCCAAAACAAUCAUUCGCAUCCGUACGUCCUGGCCGUGCAGGAAAUGAACGUCUUGGCCUUCCAACACACCCGGAUGCCUUGGCUACGGAUCAAGGCUGUUAGGUAGGAUUUUUGGGGGAUUAUUCCAAGAGGAUAUAUGUUUCCAAAAAAAAACAUAAGCUCCAUAGAAAUGUUACUUUUUGGGUGAGAAUGGCUCUUUUUUGCGCCAUUUCAUCGACUAUUAUGCGCCAUUUUUGCUGCCUCUUCCUUUUUUACCCAUUUCUUGAGCCUGUAAACCCUAGAAAAAAAAAAUGCAGGGCUCAAUAAAGGCAAAAAGUCCCUUUUUCUGCCCCUUUUAUUGAAAAAAAAGGGACUUUUUGCCCUUUCUCCGGCCUUUUUCGAGCCUUUUUCCUAUUAAUUUUGCUGAUUUUUUGAAAGCUCCAUGUUGCUAUUUCGUCGCUUUUUCCAUAAGAAACUUGAAUUUGAACUUGAAAAAAUAAGAAGUUUGACCGAUAUUCCAAAGAUUUUACAGUUUUGAGAACUAUAUUCUAUAAAAUGAUUUUUUGCUCUGCUUUUCUCAAAUUUUGGGCUUUUUCCAGACAGCUCACCGGCUAUCAGCGCGAAUACGACAGUACGCUCAAGAUCCUGACGGAUUUCACGAGAAAGGUGACCGCGACGCGAGCCGCUUCGCAACCAACGGAAUUUGCAGGUCAUCGACGAAAGGUCGCGGGAGUUUGAAAGGCUCGGCGGCUGGGAAAUUGGCGGAAAACGCGCUUUUCUGGAUUUAUUGAUUGAGGUACGGUAAGGCGUCGUUGGAAAAUUUCUAUUGCCUUUUUUCACUCUUUUCGACUUUGCCUAUGUGCAAAAUGAAACUAGAAUUUUCACCUCAUUUUUUUUUAUCCAUAAAUGGAUCAUGCAUGGGAUAGUCUCAGUGGGACCUGAAAAGAGGGGGCUUGGCAAAAAAACGAGAAAACAGAGUUUGGCAAAGCCGUAAAAACUUUUUAGGGUGCGCGCCGGCUCCAGUCCGAUCUUUUAAAAAAAAAAUUUGGUUGUCGCCAGUCAUGCUCAUCCCAUGUAGGAAACGGAUGCAUAAUUUGAAAGGGUUUGAAUACACUAUAGGAAGCUGCAAAAGCUUGAUAAGCUAUCAUUUUUCCCUGUUCCGCAACGAAAAAAAACGUCAUGAACACCGCAGACAAAGUAUCAAUAAAGAGAAAGAAAUGUCAACUUUUCAUUUUAAAAAAAACCAUCGAAAGAACAGUGACUUUCAGUUUUUUUUCAUCAGUUUAGAGGGAUGGUCAUUUCUUUAUUGAAAAUUAGAGAUUUUGAGAGCUUUUCGGUAAUAUAGGAGCCUUCAGAACUUUUUUUCCUGUAGGAAGGUCUUGCAAUUUUCCUUAGAAGGAUUUCAUUGAAGAAUGGUGAUACUGGGAAAAGCUGUAGUGGGUCUUAUAGGGAGAAAACGAAAACCCACCUAAAGGACCCCCUACCGCACCCCUUAUAGGACCUUCUAUAGGACUACCCUAAAUGCUUCUUUAGGACCCACUAUAGGGAGUUGGAAGAAAGUGACUAGUAGGCAUUCGAAAAGAGAAUUUUUGUUUCUUCAAAAUUUCAACACCUGGUGAAUAAAUGAUGGGCGUAAUGGAAAGACACAAAUUUCGGAGUAAAAAUUAGCGAACUUUAAUAUACCGAAUUCUCCGAUUUUUCAUAUCACUGGAGAACUUUCUGACGAAUCCUCAUUCACCUGUCAAUUUUUUCCUGUUCUCCAAGAUUUUCGACAUUUUUUCCGUUUUUCUUGUGUUUCAUUAUGGCUCUCUUAUAUAAUUUAUGAACGGACAUGAACAAAAAUCGGAAAAUUUUCUAGCGAUGUGAAAAAAUCAGAAAAUUCGCUGGAAUAAUACAGCCAAAAAUAUUAUUAGAGCUUGAUAUAUUUAUUGCAAAAAGGCGUUUGAAUCUUCUAAAUAUAGAAAGCACUGGUAGACAAAAGGGCAUUUAGAGAGAAAAAAACGCCUGUCCUCUCAAUUUUGAACGCUAUCUAGCUUUAAAGAUCAUGAUCAUAGUCUUUUUUCGCGACUUGAAAGGGCGGGGCUUUUCUGCGCCCCUCUCAUGUUUACCUGCUAUUUCGACGUUUCUCUGACCUCGUCGGUGAGGGAACAGAGAGACGCAGACACGCGAAAACUAUCAAGUCGCGCGGGACGGACUAUAUUAUCUUCAGUUUGUUCAUUUUGCAAGAAAUAUUUUUCUAAAGGAUCAUCAGACCUUUUAUAAGAGGCAGAAAAAAAAUAUUCGGGCGUCGAAUUCGAAGGAAGUCGUUCACGGCUGGCUUGAGACAUCGAAAAAGGGUCCUGACACGAUCAGAACAGAGACAGUAUCUUGUUGGUGGAGAGCACAGACAGGCCACUCCCUUUCUUCUCAAGCUAAUCUUGAAUUGGCUAUAUCCUGACUUCGAGACCAUUUUCGGUUCACUCCAACAACAUAAAAAUGGUUCAGAUGAAGAAAGAAGGCGGCCUCACCGAGGAGGAUAUCCGCGAGGAGGUCGAAACUUUCAUGUUCGAGGGCCAUGACACGACUUCCGUGGGAAUCAGCUGGGCUCUUUGGUGUUUGGCCCACAAUCAAGACGUUCAGAGGAGAGCUCAUGAAGAGUUGGACGCUAUUUUCGGUUCGGUUUUCGGUUGAAUGUUGGAAAAUUAGGAGAAGUUCAAGCAGUAAAAAGGAUUAAAGUUGAAAAGAAAGGAGAUCACAUUAUAUAAGCUUUAUUUAUUGUAGUUUUUCAAAUCCGAUUUUCUGAAAUUUUUUUCAAAAAAAUUCCUUGAUGGUCUAAAGUCUCUAGAUAAUAUUCUGAAGAAAAAACCGAUCUAGACAAUUUUCCAUGAAUUUUCUUGAAUUGGCCUUCGUGAGAAAGAAAAAGUGACAUUAGAUGGAGAACAGCGACUCCUAGACUUUCAAUGAAUUCAUGAAAAGGUCUAGUUAACAAGGUAAACCGUUAAACAAGCCAAAUUGAGUAGGAAACUUUUUAUAUUGAACCAUUGGGAAACUUUUGAGAUGAGAUUCUGUAAAUUCUCGAAACUGAUUUUCACAGUACGAUCAGAGAAGCUGUGCAAAACAGUUGAGCAAAAAACGCCAAUUAUAAAUUUUGAAAAGUGAAGUAAUUCUCUAACUAAAAAAAAUUGGAUAACUGUGGAACUAUGCCCAUGUGGAAGGUUUAAAAAAAUCAUUUUUUUAAGGAGGCUACCAUAAAUCAGAAAAAAAUCAGCUCAAAAAAAAGUGCAGAAAGUGGUUGUUUUAGGGAUUUUCUUCCGAACUAUGGCAAUGUAUUUAGAAAGUUUUUUUAUGUUUCUCUUCUAUUAAAUAGGCAUAGUUUCACAGUUAUCUAAUUUUUUUGAGGUAGAAGUUUUUUUCCUUUCAAAAAUCUUUCGAGUUUUUUUUUUGCGGAACUGUGCCGCCCAUCUGGGAUGUAUAAGACAAUAAAAUUAGAAAAAGAAGGAUUGAAAAACCCAAAAUCCAGAAUAUAGCUCAUAUUCUGAAGUCAAAAGGUUCCAAUUCUUCGCAAAAAAAAAAGCCAGGUCAAAAAUCCGGAGGGAAGAAAAAAAACCAUAUUUUCAAGUAAAAAUUUAAUCAUUUUGAGCAUUUAUGAACAAUUUUUGAAGUUAAAAUGUUGUUAUUCAGAAGGAUCCAUGCGUGAUUGUACCAUCGAAGACCUGAAAAAGAUGAAAUACCUCGACAAGUGUAUCAAAGAAGCGUUGAGAAUCCGGCCGUCGGUCCCCAAUAUCACCCGAUCCGUCGAUGAAGAUUUCCUCAUGGGCGAGUCAUACGUUUCAGGGCUAAUACAAGUAUUCAUCCUUUAGUUGAAGUUUUCGUUCGAUCAAUUAUUCAUCCUAAAUUCUUAAACGGAAAAGUUUUUGAUUGAUUAUUUUCUCAUUUCAAUUCGAAAUCAAAAUUUAAAAAACUCGUUUUUUCACUGAAAUUCUAACGGCUCGAGAACCGAUUGUUCUGAUCACAGCAACUUUUUUUCUAAUUUAUAUGGUUACCUUGAGGAAAUUUAGUCUUUCUAGAGCCUUUUGUCGAAAGUUUUUUUAAAACUGAAAAAUUCAGUAUUUAUUUUUCUUCUUGACUUUUCUUCUGAUAUCUUUUUUAUUCAAAAUGAAGCUUCAGGUCAAUAAUUCCUAAUACCAUCAUUAUUUAUUCAAUACGAAUGAUAGUACGGUUCAAGGGCCGAUAUGACCUCUAAAACCUCUGAAAAACCUUUAUGACGUCUGGGAAAAAACCAAUUUACAAACAGGGAAAUGUAGAAACUUGAAAACAGAACAAAUAAUCUGAAUAGUAUAGUCUGUUCAGAUUUUGAAUGUCAAGUCGUCGCUCAAGCUCCGCCCAUAAUGGUGCGACAAACCAUUCAGAGAGCGAGCCAUCCACAGAGUGUUUUUGAAUGACGUCAUUGCACUUGACAUUCAAAAUCUGAACAGACUAUAGAGGGAAUUUUAAGGAAAUCAUAGAAAAGAUGAUGAUUUAUUGGUAAUAUUUAGAUGAUAUUCUGAUACCAAAAGGAUCGUCAAUAAUGGUCGCGCCGAGCAUUCUUCAGAACAACCCGAUGGUGAUUAAAUUCGAAUAUUUCUUCUGGAAUCGAUUUUAUUCAUACGUUGGCUGGAUCCCGCCCCGGAGUGCGGCCUACCCCUCUCAAAUUGCGGCCUACUUUUUUCAAAUUUUUUUUCGCGCGCAAAAAGCUGGGGUGGGAUCCAGCCGACGUAUGAUUUUAUUCUAUGUUAAGAACUCCUCGUUUAAAGUUCACUGAUAUAGGGAUUUGAAAGGCUCUUAAUGGAAAAAAAAUAGUUCAAAGGCAAAUUUGAAAUGGGUCGAAAAAGGGUCCAUAGAAAUGUUCCUUUUAGGGUGACAAAGGCUCCUUUUUGCUGUCUUUUUGCGCCAUUUUCUCAGUCCUUAUCCAAAAUUUUUGUGGCCUCUCCUUCUUCCACCAUUUCUCGAUGCUUUCAAGUUCUAGAAAAAUGAAAGGCUCGAUAAAGGGACUCUCUUUGCUGCCUUUUUGUUGUUUUUUUUCUGCCUUUCUGCAGCCUUUUUGAGCCUCUCUCUUUUAGCGGUCAUUAUCCGUCAUUUUCCGACUUUGCAUGAAAUCGAAUUUAAUUAUUUCUCCUUAUUUUUCCGAAAAAUUAAGUCUUAACAUUUUUGCUGAAUCUGAAGUUUAAUCGGCAUCGGGAAAAAAAGAUGGAAAGCUCAUUUUUUUACAUGAAAAAAAUGGCUUGAAAAUGUUCUACAAUUUUUUUAGUCAAGUUAUUUUUCAAGUUUUACUAUCAGAAUUUCUUGAAUCCCACAUAGAAAAAAAUUGAAAAAAAUAAGCUAUCACAUCAUGGAAAACGCGCUUAUUUUCUCUUUUUCUCUGAGUUUUUUUCUAAAGAAAUUUUGAUUUUCUUCGAUACUUUUUCAAUUAAGGUAUACGAGAAUCCAGACAAGUACGAUCCGGAUCGGUUUAACGAGGAAAAUGUCGCCAAAAGGCACCCCUUUGCUUAUGUUCCAUUCAGCGCGGGUCCUCGGAAUUGUAUAGGUAAUUUUUGGACCUGUUUUUCCAACAGAAAAUUGCUUUCCAGGCCAAAAAUUUGCGCUCCAAGAAGAAAAAACGGUCAUUUCCUGGGUCCUACGGAAGUUUGAGGUUAAUAAAAAAGAUUUUCUUUCAAUUCAUAUAGUCAAUGUUUCCCGACUUGAAAGGCGAGGGAGGCGGGGCAAGGGGCGGGACGCGUAGCGUGUGCGUUCGCGGUCCUUGUUACGUGUUCAAUUCAACCGCCAUCGACUCUUUGAAAAUCCCUUUUUUCGCUCUUUUCAUUCCCUUUUCAAUUAUUUAUCGAUUAUGUUCAUGUGUGCAUCAAAAAAUAGUAGAAAAUACAGAAAAAGAACGGUUGCCGAGCUUUUUAGAUAGUCGGCGGCGAUUUAAUUGAACUGACGCCAAGAACCGCGAACGCACACGCUACGCGUCCCGCCCCUUGCCCCGCCUACCUCGCCUUUCAAGUCGGGAAACAUUGACUAUAACAUAAAUAUUUUUCAGUUGAGCUCAAAAACCGACUUUUAUGGAAAUUAUCCUCUGCCAGAAGUGAUUCUACGCCCGGAGCAGGGCAUUCCAAUCACCCUUCGAGCGCGUUUUUGA